AAAUCAUCACAAGCGAACUCCUCGGAAAAUAGAAUGAUGUCAGACCGAUCCAACGACCCGACACCACCCUCCGAUCCAUCAAAGCCGUCCAUUCCCAUCUCCUACCCAAUCCAGACCCUUGAAGACCUUGACUCCCGCUCCUACUUCUCUUCUUUUCAUUACCCUUUUAACAGGUCCAGUGUUCCUCUCCCACCAGACUCGGGUUUGGCUCAGAGGCCUAGGGUUUUGGUUUGCCAUGACAUGCAAGGUGGUUACGUGGACGAUAAGUGGGUCCAGGGUGGAGAUAACGCCGGCGCUUAUGCCAUCUGGCACUGGUAUUUGAUCGAUGUUUUUGUUUAUUUCUCUCACUAUUUGGUCACCUUGCCUCCUCCUUGCUGGACCAAUACUGCUCAUAGACAUGGAGUUAAGGUAUUGGGGACAUUUAUCACUGAAGGGGAUCAAGGAACAACUAUUUGCAAUAAGCUGCUGUCCACAAAGGAGUCUGCUCACAAGUAUGCCGAUCUCUUGGCAGAGCUAGCUGUUGCUUUGGGCUUUGAUGGCUGGCUGCUCAAUAUGGAGGUCAACCUCGACAUCGGCCAAAUCCCGAAUCUGAAAGAAUUUAUCAGCCAUUUAACUCAAACAAUGCACUCCUCGGUCCCUGGUUCUUUAGUUAUAUGGUACGAUAGCGUUACGGUCGACGGAACAAUUAGCUAUCAGAAUCAAUUGAAUGAACAAAAUAAACCUUUCUUUGAUAUUAGUGAUGGAAUCUUUGCCAACUAUUGGUGGGAGGACAACUAUCCGAAACAAUCGGCAGAGGUCGCCGGCGAUAGAAAGUUUGAUGUCUACAUGGGGAUAGACGUAUUCGGAAGGGGAACAUACGGUGGUGGAGGAUGGAAUACAAAUGUAGCACUUGAUGUGAUUAUAAAGGGUGAUGUCUCGGCUGCCAUAUACGCUCCCGGAUGGGUCUAUGAAACGAAACAACCCCCCGACUUUCAGACUGCUCAAAACCGUUGGUGGGGACUGGUCGAGAAAUCAUGGGGAUUCGAUCAAAAUUAUCCGAAAGCAUUACCAUUCUUUUCAAAUUUCGAUCAGGGCCAUGGUAAUCAUAUUUCCGUCGACGGAGCGCAAAUAUUAAGCAUUCAAUGGAACAACAUUUCAUUACAAAAUUUUCAGCCUUUCCUGGAGUAUGCCAAUGAUUCCGCUUCGAAAACCAUUGAUGUCCGUGUUGAUUUCAAGGAAGCAUCGUAUAGCGGAGGGGGAAACCUCACCUUUCGUGGAACUCUUGAAGCCAAGGCCACUUUCUCGACCAGACUCUUUUCAGGACAGCUUCUGAUGGGUAGCUUACCACUUCACUUCAUAUACUCUGUCAAAUCAAAAGGGAGCUCUAGAGUGGGCCUGUAUCUUGAAUUCUCUUCUGAAAUGGAAGGAAAAAAGAAUUUGUUUCUUGCAUCACAAGGAACAGUCGCAUUCUUGAGCGAAUCUAGUGAAGUGAUCGUGCCGCAUCAACUUACGACACCGGAGGAUGCCCCGGGAUGGGUCGUACAAGAGGUUAGCAUAGCAAUGCAUGGAUACACAUUAACAGAAAUCCAUGUUGUAUGCUACAUUGAACAGCCUGGAAAUACAAACGCAACAGAAUACUUUGCCGUGCUUGGACAUAUUAAGAUUUCAACUUCGGACAAGAAUACGGAGUUCCCUCCAUCUACUUCCUGGAUCAUCGACGGCCAAGACGUCGAAUGGGGAGGUUCGCAAGGUUCCAAAACCCUUAGUCUGAAGAUCAGCUGGAAACUGAAAGAUGGAAAGAACCCCCCUUACCCGAGGUACAACAUCUAUGUGGAGAAAUUAAGCAAACAAUCGAUCCGAAGUCCGGGAAGAAAGGUAGACAGCGUAGGAGAGUAUGUCGGGGUAGCACACGUAGAAGCCUUCUAUGUAUCUAAACUCGCCGUCCCUUCAGGUACUUCCGGCAUCAAAUUUAUCGUUCAAGUUUGUGAUGUCGAUGGUGCUAGCCAGAAGCUCGAUGACGCUCCAUUUUUUCAACUCAAUGUUUGAAGCUCAAUGAACAUUAUCACUUUUGUUUC